GUUGAAGUCGCAUUCUGAUCGCUAUGAGGAUUAACGUGGAUUAACGUCUUGGCCUGUUGGAUUAUGGCGGAUUAUAACGGGUGGAACUGUCGGCAAUAUACUAGGCUGAUGGAUAGAUCGAGCCUGGACUCGAGGAAACACAAACGUCAAUCUUCAUGGGUAGCAGACGACCAGAAACAGCGUCACGCCGAAUACCUCAAACGAUUGGCCGAGCUACGCGACGAUCUCAUUGGCCAGGAGAAGUCAAACCUGGCGCGCGCGCUGGAGCGGCUGCGUUUGUCCUCGAUCACUAACUCGGACAGCAUUUGUCGUCUGCGGCUGCGCGACGGUAGGUCGUUUCCGACGCCAAGACGCCAGAUGAUCACGACGUUGGAAAGGUUCCGGCAGAUGCGCCCAGUUAAGCCGGCGCCGAAGUUAUAUCCCUUGCAAGGAAAACAGCUCAUUGAGCCAAAAUCAAACCGGAGCGCGUCGUCGGACAAGAAAGAUGCGAUUUCGCGAAUGUCUCAAAUUGACGAAACCGCGCAAUCGAAUUUGCAGCGGUUCACACAGCCCAUCUCCAGUAUACCAAAUAUAGGGAGAAAAGCUUGGAAGCGGGAAGAUCUAGUCCUGAAUACAAAGGGUAUGAACAGACGUAAACCGAAAAACAAUCCCCAGACAUACUUAAACCCCUUGUCACAGAGUUACUGCCCCUCUAAGACCAAUGAUGCCAUAGAUCUCAAACCACACGCGUUCAAAUUGGACUCCGUGACGUCAGGUGGUCGUCUGGACGAGAAUCUGAGGAAACUGUAUUACUUUUAUUACGUCCCAACUGCAACCAGUUUACAGAGAAGCGAGGAGAAAGCGUCGCCUAGGAUAUUUAGAAAGCAGACGACAUUCUCCAAGACCAAACGAUCGUUAAGACAAGAGUCCGAUCGCUCUCUGACGUCAUCAGAAGUGACGACAGUCAGGAACUAUAACCACCAAGCGGAACGUUUUAAACUACCGGUCGUGACAUCAUCGACUGAUAAUAAAAUGACUUUUCAGAAUGGCUGCGCUUUUAGCGUUAUUGACGACCUUGUUAACGUCGACAGGCGUGCCAGUCUAGACGUCAUGGAACGCGACGAAGCGAAUGGACAGUUGUCCAGGCGACACAUCCGGGUAGAAAUGCCGACAAUUAUUUUUAACUGCCCGACCCCGGAUCCCCGAGAAAGGGAAGACGACAAAAGUGGCAUAGGGAGUCUCAGCAAGAUGUACAAGCAGAGCGAAAUUCGACAGCGAGAACUUAAGAAUCUGUUCGAAGACGUCAAAGAGCUCAAUAUGCGAACUAACAGUCUGACCCAGUUAGAACUUUCUUUGCACAAUGGGUGAAAUGAAAAUGUAACUUUGAAGAGACUCAAGGUGCGUGUGUUGUUUUUGUUUUGUUUAGUUUUUCUGUUGUUGUUGUUUUUUUUUUUUUUUGGGGGGGGGGGUGUGGUUUCGGGUCAAGUUUCACUGGGAAAUACAUUAUUAACAAGAAAAUCCCCGCCCCUGCACACGCGUCUGCUCACCCGAGGUUUCUGCCAUUGUAAGUUUUUUUUUUUUUUUUUUUUUUUUUUUUUUUUUUUUUUUAAAUUA